AUGCAUACCACGCAAAAGGACACAACAUACACCAAAAUAUUUGUCGGAGGUCUUCCGUAUCACACCACGGAUUCCAGUCUAAGGAAAUAUUUUGAGGUUUUUGGGGAAAUCGAGGAGGCUGUCGUGAUAACCGACAGGCAGACAGGAAAAUCCAGGGGUUAUGGAUUUGUGACGAUGGCAGACCGCUCUGCUGCAGACAGAGCCUGCAAGGACCCUAACCCGAUUAUCGAUGGCAGAAAGGCCAAUGUGAACCUGGCCUACCUGGGGGCCAAGCCACGGGUGUUGCAGCCAGGCUUCACCUUUGGUGUUCCCCAAAUUCAUCCUGCUUUCAUCCAAAGACCAUAUGGGAUCCCAGCUCAUUACGUAUACCCACAGGCCUUCAUGCAGCCCAGCGUGGUUAUUCCACACGUCCAACCAGCCGCAGCCACUGCCACCGCCACUUCGCCUUACAUCGACUACACUGGAGCCGCCUACGCCCAGUACGCUAGCGCUGCUAGCGCUGCAGCCGCCGCCGCUUACGAGCAGUACCCAUAUGCAGCCUCCCCGGCAGCGGCUGGCUACGUAGCCACGGCCGGCUACGGCUACGCCAUGCAGCAGCCCCUGGCGACCGCCACACCGGGUUCUGCCGCAGCUGCUGCGGCCGCUUUCGGCCAGUACCAACCACAGCAGCUUCAAGCAGACCGCAUGCAAUAG